CGCCCCCCAUCACCACGACAACAGGUGCAUGCUAGGUCUUUGCUAGAUAUAUGCAAACUGAUCUUUGCAGCUGAGACCUGAUUGUCUCUGGAUGUUAUUUCCUAGCUGGAAAGAAAGCAUCAAGAACUACGGGGGACAUGUUACAAUGAGUAAGUGGGUGUGUGAGCUUGCUGCAGAGAGCUGCUGCAGAUGUGUGAAGUUGACCGGUGAAUGCGGCAGGUGCUGGCAGAGGGACAGAAAGAUGAAAUGGAGCCAUAAAGACACAGAUCCCACGAGCGUCUGGCAUAUUCCUAACACAGUGACAGACUGACAGAGAGAGAAAGUCCUUUCAGAGAGAGAGAGAAGGACAGAUGGAGAGAAACUGAGGGUGAUUUAGAGGAGCGUUGCAGAGGAGAGGAGGGGAGGGAAUGGCAGGAUUGGGAAAUGUGAAGGAGGUGAGGAUGAUAUAUGAGGAAUGCGGCCAAGUGGUGCGAAGAAUGAUGAGCAGACUCAGGGAGGAAUGAGGGAGAGUGAUGCUGAUGUUUGAAAGGUGAUGGCAAGGAAGGAAGGAAGGAAGGAAGGAAGGAAGGAAAGAGGAGAAAAAUGAGGUUGUUUCCAGCUAUGUAAUGUCUUUCGUCAGAACAUGGAGAUAGACCAGUGUCUGCUGGAGUCUCUCCCCAUUGGCCAGCGCCAGCGGCUGGUCAGGAGGAUGCGCUGCGAUCAAAUACGGGCGUACUACGAGAGGGAAAAGAGCCUUCAGCGACAGCAAGGUGGAAUCAAGGUUCGAGCGCCGCCCGGCCACCGCAAGAAGCACCGCGUCCGCUUCAGCCUCGCCGAUGUCAUACAGGAUGCCAUCAUUCGCCAUGACGACAAAGAAGUGUUGCGUCUCCUGAAGGAGGGAGCAGACCCCAACACUCCCAAUUCUUCUGGGGGAUCCUUGCUACACCUGUGUGCUCGCCAUGACAACGUGUUUGCGGCGGAACUUCUGAUCGAACGAGGCCUGAAUGUCAACCUGCAGGACGAAGACCUGUGGACGGCCCUGCAUGUAGCGUGUGUGUGUGACCAUGCAGAUGUGGUGCUGCUGCUGCUGCUGGCCGGGGUGAACGUUCUGCUGCAGGACGUCAACGGAAACAUUCCUCUGGACUAUGCCGCCGAGGGAACGGAGACCAGCUACAUCCUCCGAAAACACCUGGAGGAAAAUGGUGUGGAUGUGUCAUCCUUGCACGCCAUGAAGACACAGAGACCCAGCACGAUGCUGUCUGAUGUUAGACAGCUUGUAGCCACAGGGAGAAGCCUCAACCAGCCCAAUGAUGACGGGGUCACUCUGCUCCACAUAGCAUGUGCCAGUGGUUAUAGAGAGGUGGUGUGUGUGCUGUUGGAGAAAGGGGCAGACCCUCAUCCUGCUGACAACAACUUCUGGACCCCUCUGCACCUGGCUGCUAAAUACGGACAGACAAGCAUCGUUAGCCAGCUCCUGAGGCACAGAGCAAACCCGACUCUGCUGAACUGCAACCAAGACAAGCCCUCAGACCUUUCCGCGUCAGAGCCCAUAGCUGACAUGCUGCUGAACGCAGAGGAGAGCUGGCUGCAGAGACUAAAGGACCCCACCGCUCCUCUACCCGCCGCUGACCAACGCUAUGAUGGCGGUUCACACGACCUCAACACUCCUGUCAAGAACUUGAACCCUCUGGGUCUCUCUAUCUCUAAGCGGGACAGUCUGCUGGAGAAGUGUGCCAUGUUCAGAGACGCAGGUGGAGCACUGAGCCGACACUCCUCACAGGACAAUGGCCUAGAUGGCCCCUUUAGCUCUGGAGCCAGCAAACUGGAGCAGGUCAAGCUGAUGCCUCCGGCUCCCAAUGAUGACUUGGCGUCCCUCAGUGAGCUGACCGACAGCAGCCUGCUCUACGAGAUGCAGAAGCGCUUUGGCAACGACCAAAUCUACACUUACAUUGGACACAUCCUUCUGCUGGUCAAUCCAAACAAAGAGCUGCCCAUCUACUCCACUUUGGUGAGUCAGUUGUACCUGAGCUCCACGGGUCGCCUGUGCUCCUCUCUGCCACCUCACAUCUUCUCCUCAGCAGAAAGAGCGUACCACAUGAUGCUGCAGGAGAGACGGCCGCAGUGUUUCAUCUUGAGUGGUGAAAGUGGUUCUGGGAAAACGGAGGCCUGUAAGCACAUAGUGAGACACCUGACAGCCCGCUCCAGCCCCAAAGGCUUUGCACUGGAGCCCAGAAUGAAACAUGUUAACUGUAUUCUGGAGGCCUUCGGUCAUGCAAAGACUGUGAGGAACAACAACUCAAGCCGCUUUAUCAAGCUGUUGACCAUCCAAUACUGUGACAAGAGGAGGACGCUGCUCAGAGCCCGCGUGUAUACCCACAUGCUGGAGAAGUCUCGUCUGGUCCACCUGCCUCCUCACCAGCACAGCUUCAACAUCUUCUAUCUGAUGGCUGAAGGCCUGUCGCCCGAGGACAUGAGCGCACUUUACCUCAACAACGUCCUGGCUCACAGGUAUCUUAGCGGAGGACUUCCAGGAGAGAACCCUCCAGUAGCUACAGCUUCUACCCAGAGCAGGGAACGCCUCGCAGCAGUCAAACAAGCCCUGCGAGCCCUGGGCUUUAACAAGCAGGAGGUUGACUCAGUGUUUAUGCUGCUAUCUGCUGUGCUCCAUAUUGGGGACCUACGUUUUACGGCAUUGACAGAGGCCGAUACAGCCUUCCCUUCUGACCUGCAGCUGCUGGAGAGAGUUGCUGGAUUGUUGCAGGUGUGCUCCAAUGACUUAAGCACCGCCCUGACCUCCGACGUCCAGUACUUCAAAGGUGACGUGAUCACUCGGCGUCACACCGUGGAGAUAUCCGAGCAGUACAGAGACCAACUCGCGAAGGCCAUCUAUGGACGCCUCUUCAGCUAUCUGGUCAACAGCACCAACGACUACCUACAGGGACAGGACGACAGCACUGGUGAUCCUGCCUUGGAAAUUGGGAUCUUGGACAUCUUUGGGUUUGAAGAAUUUCAGAGGAAUGGAUUUGAGCAGCUGUGCGUGAACAUGACCAACGAGCGGCUGAGGCAGUACGUCUCUGAGGUGCUAUUCCAGCAGGAACAGGCUGAGUGUCUGCAGGAGGGCAUCGUAAUGGAGAGUCCCCGCUCCCCCGGCAACCAGCCAGCCGUGCUGGACUUCUUUCUUCAGAAGCCUCAGGGACUGCUGUGCGUGUUAGAUGAGGAGAGCCAGAGCCUGCGGCCAGCAGAGCAGACCCUGUACAAGAGGCUGUCAACCCAGCUGGACUCCAAUCCGACUCAGGGUCUCUCUCUCACAACCAAGGAUGGCAACGGAAACCCCCCGCCCAAAGACCAGGGCCCAGCCUUCACUGUCAGCCACUACGCCGGACAGAUUUCAUAUGACCUCACAGGAUCACUCACAAGAAACAAGGACUCCUUUCCUCAGAAUCUCCUGUUUACGAUGAAGUCCAGUGAGAGUGUGUUACUGCAGCAGCUCUUCCAGUCCAAGCUGACUCAGACUGGUUCUCUGGUGCCAGCAGCCCAUGGCCGUGCCGGGCUGAGGGGGACUAAAGCUGCCCUGUUGCUCCACAGGAUGUCAUCAGCCUCCCUUGUCACUGCCAACACUGUCCCCCAACAGCCCCGGAGGUACCAUGACCUUACCAAGAUCUUGAAGAAGAAAGGCUCAAGCUCCUUCCUCCAAAGGCUAGAGCGUUGUGGGCCCAUCACAGUGGCUGUCCAGCUGAGGAACUCGCUGUCAGAGGUGAUCAGUAAGCUGCAGGCUUGCACUCCUCACUUCGUGGAGUGUGUGCGCCCCAACGCCAGCGGUCAGCCAGACAGUUUUGACAGCUUCCAUGUGUCCACCCAGCUGCAGUACAUUGGGGUGCUUGAGAUGGUGCGCAUGAUCCGUUACGGCUACCCCGUCCGCCUGUCCUUCCCGGGCUUCCUCAGCAGAUAUAAAGACCUCGUGGUCCCAACUUUGGGAGACAAGAAGAAAUUGUCACCAGAAGAGAGAUGUCGCUCAGUUCUGCAACAGUCCAAACUCCAGGGAUGGCAGAUGGGCAGCAGCAAAGUGUUUCUGAGAUACUGGCAGGCAGACCAGCUCAACGACCGCUGCUACCAGCUCCAUAAAAAGAUCAUCACCUGUCAGAAAGUGGUGCGCGGCUGGCUGGCCAGACAGCGCGUUCAUCACAGGCUGUCACUGCAGCAGAAAGAGGAGUGCGGCGUGCAGCGUUUCCUGCAGGGGGCGGAAGACAUGGGGCUGCGAACCUACGACCAGCUGGUCAUCCAAAACGCAUCCGACAUCGCACGAGAGAGCGACCGCCUGCGCUGCCAUGGCAACAGCCUUCUCAACACCCUUGGCAGCAGCCCACCGCUUGGCGAGAGGCCUGAGCCGGUGGGCAAGGAGGAGGAUCAGCCUGUCAGGAGGGUUGUUGAGAAAAGUGGGAAAAUCUAUGAGGGUCCUGUCAAUGGAGGAAGUCGAGUUAUACGCCACUUUCGGUCUAGCUCAGUGCCCAUCCCCCUCGCCAUGGAGAACAUGGUCCAUUCCUCUGCCAGUCCACCCAUCAAACCAGCCCUGCAGCAGGUAGCUCAUACCAACGAGGACGGAGCAGGCGGGGGGGGUCUUUCCUCUCCUCGGAAGCAACCUCCGCCCAAACCAAAGAGGGACCCCAACACUCGUCUGAGUGCAUCUUAUGAAGCAGUUAGUGCAGGGUUGACGAUGGCAGCCAAAGAAAGCCCCACUCCAGAGGGGUACGGUUCGCCUGCUGGAAGCCCUCCUAAAUCCCAGCUGUCCCCCACAGACCCUGCAGCCUUGUGCAAGCCCCGUCCCCACAGUGAUGACUACACAACCAUGAGGAAGGUGCCACCCCCCAAACCUAAGCGCAGUCCUAACACUAAGCUGACGGGCUCAUAUGAGGAGAUCAACGCUGUAGCACCCCACAUCCACCAGCUGCGUCCUGCUGAUGUAAAGUUAGCCUUGCUGUCGCGUGCUGGAGGAUUUGGAGGAUUUGGAGGGUUUGGAGGUUUGCUGCAUAAAGCAGCCUCUGUAGAUGCUCCACAUGGAGUAGGACUGAGCCUUUACCAGGGCCACGACGAAGAGGACGUGUACAUAGAGAUGUUGGGCUCCCAGCAGCGAACUCGGAGCCUCCAGGAGCCCCCUGAUAGCCCGGAGCUUGACUCAGAGGCCGUCUAUGAGGAGAUGAAGUAUUUCCCUCACGAAGACGGCGCAACGCCUGACACUGUGGUUAGAAAGGCAGCCAAACUGGAGGCUCUAGGCUUGACCCUGUUGGGAUUAGGGGUAUCUCCUCCUCAGAGCGGGGAGACCAAACGGAUGGCAGCAGGGGUGACCGCUGCCAUGGACAUCGCUCACUCACAGAGCACAUCCAACAGCGGAGCUCCCAAAACUCAGCAUGGCAAAGAUGGCAGCUGUGAUAUCCCUGCUCCUUUCCCCAAUUUGCUUCCCCACCGGCCACCUCUCCUGGUGUUUCCUCCCUCCCCCGUCACCUGCUCUCCUGCUUCAGAUGAGUCACCCCUCACCCCACUAGAGGUAAAGAAGCUGCCUGUGUUCGAGACAAACCUGAACUAUGCCACUGGCCCAGACAGCCCCCUGUCCCCACAGUAUGCCCGCCAGAGGGCUGACUCCUCCCCUAGCCUCACUGUCCUCAUGCCAGAGAAGAAGUCUACACCUCCACUCACACCUCCACCGCCACCUCCUCCCCCCAAUGCCCCACCUCCUCCCUACAGACCUCCUUCACACUUCCCCUUCCCGCCUGAGGCAAACUUCCUGACUCUGACCCGAACAGCAUCUGUCACAGGGAGCACGGACUCCCCCAAAACCUCAUCCUCUCAAAGGGCGAGCGGGGAACCGCUGGGGAAGCCACCCCCUUACUCCCCGGUGAAGAUGUCUCGCCCCGAGCCUCGGAGAGCACACUCGUGCUCCUCCUCUCCCCUGCUGUUCAACCCAGCCAAUGGCAGGCCCCUGACCAGCCCCCUGGAUGAGCUCAACACUCUGUUCAGCUCUGGUCGCACCCUGCUGAGGAAGUCCACCUCUGGUCGCAAGAUGAGAGAUGGAGGAUUCAAUUCUAAUAUCAACCUGCCAGGGAGGGAAGAUUGUGGCUCUGCCCCCACAUCACCGUCUCUACAGCUACAGGACAAGAACGCCAACAACCACACACAUCCUCACUCCCAAAACCCCGCCCCUGUAGAGAACGGCAACCAGAUCUCCAACGGGUCGCUGGAGGAUGAGAGUCACAGCAAGUCAAACUCCUCCAGCUCCGCCUCUCUGCACAGACACAUGGACAGCCAUCACACUCAGGUGUUCCAGCGGUUACGUCUGUCCAACGGGGAUGAGAGCGCCACCCUCGGGGAGCUUCUGCGGUGGCGGCGAGCGCAGUGUGAGGGGCGGCGCGACUGGAAGCACCGUCCACCUCAGUCCCCGUCCCUGCCCCCCACGCUGCUCUGGACCAACAGGAAGGCCUCUCCAUGACAGAGGUUGUGUGAUGCAGUCACAUGUAUUGGCUAUGAAGCUCCUCCCUGCUCUUUUUUUUUGGUAUAUUUGGAACAAGUAACCUCAGUGCCCAGGGGCUAGGUUACAGCUCCAAGCCCCGGAGCGUGAGCCUCGUCCCUGGGCUGAAGGUCCUGCCUCUGCGCCUUUUGACCUCGACUGUGGAGGAUUCCCCAAACCUAUAUGAAACAAGCUCAACACUCUGAAACACUGACGAGUGUUAUCUAUGGAAAAAAAAUGUGGAAUACCGACACAGUAGAGGUCCAUGGGGAGCUGUUUUUUUCUUUUUGAUCAAAGCUUUUAUUAACAAAAAGAGACAGAUUAUUAUUUAUUUUCAGUUCUUUGAGACAAAAUGUGUGACGUCCAUCAAUGGGAGGCUGAAUUAAAGAGCAGAAUAGCAGUGUUUUCAUAGUAGUCCAAUAUUAAAUGGCCCUUUUAGUCUGUAUCCGGUUGUUCUGCCGCACACAGAGGAGCUCCACCCCAGAGCAUGGUGCUGAUUAUACUUGACGUGCUGUCCUGUGAUGUUCCCAUGAAUGCUUGUGCGUGCGCGCCCCCGCCCCCCCGAGUCUCAGACCUCUCUGAAGUUUACAAGUCAACCGACGCCUUCGCACACCUCAUGGUUUUUAGCAUCAGUGUGCUGGCUCAGACAUGGGACCUCUUCAGGUACAGCUCUCACUCAGCCUCUCACGUUUUGGGCUUUUAAGUGCUACUGCGGCCCUGGCAACAAGCGACCAGGGGUCAGGGUAACCUCAGUAAUAUCCCAAGGUGCACUUCUCUUCCCCAUUGUUGCCACCAGCCUUUGACGAACAAAAACCUCUGGCCAAAAUGCAACCUACUGCACUAACCCUUAAUAGGAGAAGGGGAUCCAACAAAAAAAAAAAAACGACUUUGAUUUAAGGUAUAAAGGUAAAGCUAAGAUAACGAAAGCUUUAGCUGACAGGUGUACAGUUCAUGUUGUGAACAUGAAACUCUGUGCCAAAGUGACACAACUUGUGAAAGAUAAACUAACAAGUAUAGUUAUAACCGAUGUAUACAUGUAGUCCCCAUAGAUUCACAUGUACAGACUUGCAUAAAUGACCAAAUCAUAGCUGUUACUGCGAUUCAGUGGUGAUUCAACGGACCGUUUCUAAAUAGAAGAACAUGGCGAAAAAGAGGAGGAAAAAAAAAAACAAGUCUACACUUGAAAAGUAACGACUUAACUCUCAUCAUGUCUCAUCAACACCUGAACAGUUUCAUGUGUUCGGCGUUGUUCAGGAGACUGUGCAGAGCUCAGGAACUCGCGCACAGAUGAACUCGAUUAUUGUACAGAUUCCUCCACCGUGGCUGUGCCCCUUCAUCUCCUUUCCCCUCUUGACCCGAACAAACAGACCCCUUUCUCCCACUUGGUCUUUGACCCUCCCCCCCCUCCGCCCACCUUCCUAAUGGAUCAAACCGGCUCUACGGGUGUUUCCAUGGUAACCGCUUUGUAAAUAGUGAACGGUGUUGUAUGUUCUAGCUUUUACUAUAGCAGAAAAGCACAGGGAUUGAAUUGAAAGACGAGGACGAGAUGAGAUAAUACUGUCUAUGAUGGUGAAACUGAGAUUCAAGAAUGUCUUGGGUUAGAUGCAAUGACUGAGGUAAAGAGAAGAGGUUUAUUUUAAAAUGUGAAUAUCUUGGUUUUUUUUCAGAAUGAUUGUCUAUGGCUAUGAAAUUCUUUAUACUCUAUUUAAUAUUAUUUGUUUUAUCCCUCUUGACCCCCGUUGUUCUGUUCCUAUGAUGCGAGGCAGAUGUUUUCCUUGUAUAUGGAUGUUUUAUUGCACAAUGUUUAUGUGGUGUCGUCGUGUUGACUUCUGUAAUGGGCUGGGUGUGUCUCAACAAGCCGUUUGAUCUCUCAAAGAUCGGCCUGGAUUGUUAGAGCCGCAAAGUAUCAAUAGCUCUAAUUGAUUUCUCAUUCCCACUGAUCACCCACAAUGUGUCCGAUUGAUUCAGCCUCACGAAUUAGCAGCCCCAUCACAGGAUCGAUCUCAGCUGCUGUCUGUGCGCGAACGGGCACAAAUAUUCAAGAGGAAUUAGAGGAGAUCGGCUGAUAAUCAACAACAGAGACGGCAAAUCAGCUGAGCUGCAUUUCCUUGACUGACUGGCUGAAUGUAUAAAUGCAAAGUUUUCUUUCACUGCCUGAAACCCUGUGUAUCUUAUUACUGGAAAAUGCGCCUGUAUCUAAACAGUGUACCUGACUGCUUAAUGUGAUUAUUGUCUUCAGAGGUUAUGUAUGCAGUCCGUUUUUUUUUUUUUAAAACAAGUUAAUAACGAUGCAGCAUUUCGGGUAUAUUGAUUUGCUCCAUUAUUCACACCUUGUGUGCUGCGAUCGGGGUUGCAUGAGUACUACUGCAAUGCAGAACUUUGUCAAGCAUUUUCAUCAUAGUGUGGUUCAGCUCAUUCACACGAGAACCUAAAUCCAGCUACUCAACCUUGCCAGUGCCAAUGAAAGAGAGUUUAUAGCCUCUGUAUAGAGUGCUGCAGGGAUGACGUAUUUUUGUAGGCCAACCA